AUGUCAUUUCAUGAACUUCGUGAAGCCUUAGUUUGCGCUUUUUCUGAUGGAGUGAUCAAUGAAGAAGAGUUUCUUAUUCUUUACGAAGAGUACGAGUCCACAAAUUUAAAUUUUCCUCACUGGGAAUACGAGCCUUUCAGCAUCGAUAACUUUGACAUCAGUGAAGGUAAAGCUGAAUUUAGAGUAGACAAAGACGAUAUCCCUUUAUUGGUUAAAGGUCAAAUGAACCAAAAAUUCGACAUUUUUCAUUUUAGUUCAAUUCUAGUGAAAUAUGUUUAAUAUGAACCGAAUAAACAUACUAUGAAGUUUCAGCUCAAUUGAAGUAAGCAUUUCCGAGAUAUUCGCAAUUAAAAAUUGUUAUUUUUUGGCCCUUAUCUUCGUAGAGCGGUCGGAAAAAUUGUCGGUAAAAACAGCGUGUGACGUCAAUGUUGGUCAGGUGAAAAAAAGCGGGAAAUUCAAAACAGUGUUUUUCGAGUCGACUUGGCGCAGAAAUUGUGGUGGUUUGUGCGGCCAUAAACCUAGAAAGAACAAGCAAUUUGUCUUCAAAAAUUGCAAGCUGUGGUUAUUACCUUAUUAUUUAAUUUUCUUGAAGAAUACAUCAUAGCAAAACGGACUUUAACGACGGCAUUAAUUUCCUUGCGCUGUACUGGAAAUGUGCGUGCGUAGGUCCGGUUUUUUUCAAGGUGUAUUCACAAAAUGUGUUCAUAUAAGGAAGUUUCUGGAUAUAUAAGGUCCGGAGCUCCACUGUGGACACAAAAACAAAAUAUCUUUGUAAAGUGAUUGGCCCAAAGAAAUUCACGCUUGCCCGCAAUGUGUUUGAAGUCAUUGAACUUUGUCGCACUCGAGCUGAUAUUUUAAAACCCACGCUCGAUCGCACACUUUUGCUUCGCAGAACACUAAAAUAUAAACAAAAUCCUCAAUGUAGAAGUUUUGGCGUUGAUAUGUGGGCACAAAAAGAGUUAAUCUUUAUCUAGCAAAAUCUUCCCCAAAAUCGGUUUCAAAGCAACUACAGUUUUUUAAACUUGAUCGUUUCGCGCAGAUAAAGUUUGCUUUGUGUUGUCACGUUCUCAAAAACCAAGUAAGAUCUCCUUCAAACAAAGUUGACUUCUCUCCAGUUAUUUAUAUGAUUUAAUUACCGACUAGGUCACUUUAAAAACCAUAGACGCCGCUUUAAGCUCGCAAAGAGAGGCGACAAGCAAAGAACAAUUCCAUCAUGCAUAAAAUUCAGUUUAAGUGAACUAAAAAAAGCUUCAAUAAGGUUGCAAAACAACAAAUUUCCACUCAAAAAACAUAAGGCUUAAGGCUCUUAUACCUGCUGACAAUGAAGAAGUGAAUCUUCUGUGCGAAAUAACCUACCUAAAGAUCUUAUUUCAAAAGAUCCGUUGCAAGCUUCGCACCCAAGCCAUGAUUCACCAUUUAGCUCAUAUUUUUCAAAACUGGUCCAUGCCAGGGUCUUCAUUGAAGCAAAUUAAACUCAGCAAACUGAAUCAUUAGAAAGUACAGAAAACUGCACAUAAGGGUUUGUUUUGCUUGCUUCAGUCAAAUCCAGCUCCAGCAAUUGUUUACGGGCAAAGAGUCAAUUGUUUUGAAGCCACUGCCGGCAGUUGACGUUCUCAUCUACUUCACAGCGAGCGAAAAGGGAAAUUUGCGUACAGAAAGAAAACAAAACUACGUAACUAAAAAUGAAAAAGAAAAAAAAUACUCUGACUAUUAUUACUUGAGCAACGGAAAAGUGAUCGAAUAAGCUUGCUAGCCUUCUAUAGUUCCGAGGAAGUUUUAAGCGCUCAAGUUUGUUCACUCGCAAGCGUUAGCGUUACAGUUCUUUGACAUAAGACAAGGAUAAAGCUGGUUCUGCAAAGGUAAAUGAAUCUGGGCAUGUAAAAAACUAACCGUAACAACUAAUAACAGGAUACAAGCGGGUUUUAAUUCAACCCGGCGAAAGAAGGCGAAGCACUGGACACAAAAUCAAAACACAAAUCGAAUGCACAAUUAUCAGAAAAAUACAAACCUCUUUGGAAAUGUUCAAAACGUUUUAUUUCUCCUCAGACUGACGGAAUGAUCUGUUUUUACUCUAACAUUGGUUGUUCUGAAUCCAAAGUAAUUUUCAAGUGACGAAAAAACAACAACAACAACAAAAAACAAAAAGCCUUUACAAGGAGCAAACGUUCGCACCUCGUGUAUUUCAUUCAGUCUCAGUCAGAAGUCUCACAGAACGAGACAAACAAUCGCAGGCGAUAAGGGAUGCGCAGAAGCUUGCGCAGAACUUUUUUCCGCCCUGAAAGACCAACAUUGACGUCAUAGUCUCCAGUCUAUCACGCGGCCAUUUCAGAAACGUUUUCGUGAAGUCUACGGAAAUGCUCGGAUUUUGAUCUUUUGUCUUCCUUUAAAGGCUUGGGAAGAAAAAUCUUUGACCAAAUCUCACUUAAGAUGGUUCUUUUUAGAGUUUGGUGAACGUAAAGCGACAAAAGAAAAUAUUUCAAUUUUUUGGUUCAUUUGACCUUUAACGCUUUACAGGUCCCAGAAUAUUUUCGAUGCCCUCAAGGAACAGGUAAAGCUGUCCGCGGCGGCCGAAGUAGUGACCCUGUCAAAAAAGUGAACAUAAUUUUCAACAAUAAGCAAAUAAACAAUUAA